AUGACCCUCCGCGGCUCCCGUCCCAGAUGAGUGUCAGUCAGUCAAUCAGUCAGUGACGGACAUCAGAACUGGAGCAGCACCGGAUCAUGCGCGCGCUCACGGUCUCCUGACAGCUGCACGCGGCUCGGUUCCGGUGUCAGCGUGCGAGAUGGACGCUGGCGAGAGGAAGGAUGUGAAGCUCUCUGCUGAAGUGGAACCGUUUAUCCCUCAGAAGAAAGGUGUUGAUGCUUCAUUAUUACCCAUGAGUCUGUGCGGUGAGGGUGGAGCUGAGCCCACACAAAUCCCCUCCUAUCUGAUCACCUGCUACCCCUUCGUACAGGAGAAUCAAAGCAACAGUCGGCAGCUGCCCAUGUACAGCGGAGAUCAGCGCUGGCAGCAGCUCAACCCGAGCCCCGGCGGGCCGUACCUGGCGUACCCCAUCCUGUCGUCCCCUCAGCCGCCCGUCACCAGCGAUUAUGCCGCGUACUAUCACGCCAUCAUGCCCACGCCCUGCCCUCCUGUCAUGGGCUUCUACCAGCCCUUCCCGGGGCCGUACGCGGGGCCCCUGCAGGCCGGCGUGUUGAACCCCGUAUCCGACUGCAGCGAGAGGCCGCCACCGCAGGGCCAGACGCAGAGAGGAAGAGGCGUCUCACGAACCCCCGUACUGCACAAGCAGCCGAUGGCUCAGCCAAUGAGAGCCAAGCGUCCUGUGAUGCGGAGCGUGGCGGUACAGAAGGAGGUGUGUGCGGCCGGGCCUGAUGGGAGGUCCAAGACAGUGCUGCUGGUGGAUGCAGCACAGCAGACAGAUUUCCCCGGCGAGGCGUCCGGAGGGGUGGUCAGAUGCGCGUCGGAUCAGGCGAGUCCUCAGCUGUGGAAGAAUAAAGCUCGACGCAGGCGCACGUCGCAGCAGGAGUCGUCCAGUGAGCAGGGAGCCAGCGAGGCCGACAUCGACAGCGACAGCGGCUACUGCAGCCCCAAACACAACCAGGGAGCCGCCAACACCUCCACCAAUCAACACACGGCCGCGGCGGCUGUGGACGCUGGCGUCAUGACAGCGGUCAGCUGGGGGAAUGUUUCCUCACAGGCCGUCCAGAAGCCGUGGACAGACAGGAACACACCGUACCACAGAGGCAGCAGAACACCCGAGCAGAGAAGCUACACACAGGACUUCCAGAUGAAUUUUGGAGGUCGUACAGGAGGACAGAGGAGAUCGACCCCUCCAGAGACCCCCAACACACACCUCACACCCGAGCCACUGUACUUUCAGGAUGAGGAUGAGUUUCCUGAUCUUGCCACAGGUGGCGCUGCUCAGCGGAAUAAACCGGAUCCAGUUCAACCCAAACUGCCCAAGAACCUGCUGGAUAACCUCCCAGAGAAUUCCCCCAUAAGCAUCGUGCAGACGCCCAUCCCUAUCACCAGCUCCGUGCCCAAGAGAGCCAAGAGUCAGAGGAAGAAAGCGCUGGCCGCCGCUCUGGCCACAGCGCAGGAGUACUCCGAGAUCAGCAUGGAGCAGAAGAAACUACAGGAGGCUCUGACUAAAGCAGCAGGUAAGAAGAGCAGGACGCCGGUGCAGUUGGAUCUGGGCGACAUGCUGGCGGCGCUGGAGAAACAGCAACAGGCCAUGAGAGCACGACAACUCAACAACACCAAACCACUGUCAUACACAGUCGGGACAGUGGGCGCUCUGCACGGUAAAGAUGGCGGCAGUCGAGUGACGGGACUCAAAAACACGUACACCCCCCCACACAACAUCCUGGACUCCAGCGCGCCGCGCAUCAAGAGAGGCAAAGAGAGAGAGAUUCCCAAAGUCAAGAGACCACCUGCCAUGAAGAAGAUUAUUCUGCAGGAGCGCGAGGUGAAGAAGGGCAAGAGUUCUGCUGAUCUCGGCGUGUCUGAAACCGACGAGCAGAGAGACGCUCUGAGCUUCACCGACCCGCUCACACAGGAGCAGGACGAAAACGGUCUGAGCAUGCCCAGUGAUGCGUCCCUGUCUCCAGCGAGUCAGAACUCUCCAUACAGCAUCACGCCCGUGUCACAGGGUUCACCCGCCAGCUCGGGCAUCGGGAGCCCCAUGGCGACGUCUGCCAUCACCAAGAUCCACAGCCGCAGGUUCAGAGAGUACUGUAAUCAGGUGUUGAGUAAGGACAUCGACGAGAGCGUGACGCUGCUCCUGCAGGAGUUGGUUCGCUUUCAGGAGCGCAUUUAUCAGAAAGAGCCCAGCAAAGCCAAAGCCAAGCGGCGGCUGGUCAUGGGACUGCGAGAGGUCACCAAACACAUGAAACUGCACAAGAUCAAAUGUGUCAUCAUCUCACCCAACUGUGAGAAGAUCCAGGCCAAAGGUGGUCUGGAUGAAGCCCUUUAUAACGUCAUCGCUAUGGCGAGGGAGCAGGAGAUCCCGUUCGUGUUCGCUCUGGGCCGUAAGGCUCUGGGCCGCUGCGUGAAUAAACUCGUGCCUGUGAGCGUCGUGGGAAUAUUUAAUUACUCUGGAGCAGAGGGUCUGUUCAAUAAGCUGGUGUCUCUGACGGAGGAGGCGCGGAGGGCGUAUAAGGAUAUGGUCAGCGCUCUGGAGCAGGAGCAGGCCGAGGAGGCGCUGAAGAACGUCAAGAAGGUCACGCACCACAUGGGCCACUCCAGAAACCCGUCUGCCGCCAGCGCCAUCUCCUUCUGCAGCGUCAUCUCUGAGCCCAUCUCAGAGGUCAACGAGAAGGAAUACGAAACCAACUGGAGGACGAUGGUGGAGAACGCAGACGCCCCGGAGCCGCUGGAGUCUGAGCCCAUCAGCAGAGGGAACAACAAAGAGCAGUGUGAGGUCGCGUCACCGCCUCCACAGCCAGUGCCCAGCCCGAGCCCCGCAGCCGCCCGAGCACCGGAUGAGUCCCGCACGGAUGACCGGCUGGAGUGGGCGUCACAGCAGAGCACCGAGACGGGCUCCCUGGACGGCAGCUGCCGCGACCGACUCAACUCCUCCAUCACCAGCACCACCAGCACACUGGUGCCCGGCAUGCUGGAGGAGGAGGACGAGGAGGAGGAAGAGGAGGAGGACUACGCACCCGAGCCCAUCGUGCCGCUCAGCAGCCGCAUUGAGUCCUGGGUCUCCAAGACGCUGGAGAACCUGCAGCUGCGGCGACAGAGCAGCACGGAGGACGAGGAAGACGAGGAGGUGCGGAUAAGUGACGAGGAAGAGCUCGACUCCUCUGACCUCGCCGAACCGGCGGCCGACGAUAAAGACGUGCCGGAGCCAGUCGUGCGCACGGGCUGACGGCCAUUUCACACUCACAAACACUGACUCAGGAAACUAUAACGGACAGAUCACCCGCUCACACACUCUCUGUGAACGAUUCACCGACUGUUUAAACGCCGUCAUCAUCGGCUCACCCUCAAACCCGCGCGACUUUUCAUCUUCAGAUGAUGCUCUUCAUCAUUAUGAACAAUGACUGAUGCCGUUGAGCUCCAAAAAUAAAGCAUCAUAACAGUCGUCCAUGUGUCACAUAUCACCUUUGUUCAUCUCAAAACACACCAUUGGUUGUGCUGUGACUUGACGUCUUAAAGGAAUAGUUCGUUCUGUCAUCAUUUAUUCAUUCUUGUGUUGUUUGUUUCUUCCGCGAAGCACAAAAGCCGAUAUGUCUGAACAUUUCAGAUGUCAUUUGAGUAAUUUCUUAAAAGAUCUUCUAUGUUCCACUGAAGCAAGAAAGAACCAUAUGAAAGCAUGUAAAUGAUGACAGAAUGACCAUUUUUGGCUGAACGAUUCUAUUAAACGUAGAGCUGAAUCACUGAAUCACUCGAUUCAUAUGAACCACUGUCAUGAUGCUUCCACUGAAGAAAUAGUCAUGCUUGUUUAAAGCGACAUGAGGGCGAGUAAAUGAUCGAAGGUUUGGGUGAACUCUUUCUUAAAAUUAAUGAAGGAAACGAACGUUUGUUCAUUCCAACACACAUACACGUCUGAUUUUCUGAUCUAAGCGUGCGUUUAGUCUAACCAAAGCAUUAACGAACGCUGCAGAAGAGAAACUCAAUGCAUAACUAAUGACGUGGACAAAUUAACGAAUCCUGGUGUAAAUAACAUGUUUAAAUGUUUCUAAUAUUCUGUCGUCUUCAGUUCUAUUUAUCGCGCUUGAAUUGAAACAGAUCGGGGGUGUUUUAUUUCAUGUGUUGAAUGGUUUCUCCUAGUACUGAUGGGAUCGUUUCCUGCGGUCGUGUCGGUAAAUUGCUGUACCUUAUUCUGGUGCUUCAGAUGGGCAGAAGCUCCUCUCCGUGUGUGUUUGUCUUUCUAACCAUGUUUACUUCGGUCUUUCUCCUCCAUCUUUAGUCUUGGAUGCGGCUCAGCCACGUUCAACUCCACAUGAAGGAUUUCUGACGUUAUAAUGAUGUACAUUAACGAUCUCUUGGUAAAUGUCUCAGCGGGUGUAUUCGUGACUAACGUGAGGGCGAAUGGAGAGUCCGAUCCGUCGUGAUGUAACCGUGUAAAUGUUCUGGAUCAUCACGAUUGAUCUCAGUGCAAUAAGCUUCCUGUAGCAGCGUUCGGAUCCGUGUCUCUCUCUCUCUCUUUCUCCUUCUCUCUCUGUGUUUGGAGUGAUUCUCAUCGGCGUGUCUUUUGCACUAUGUACAUAAACGUGAACAUGCUUUGGUAACUAAUGUGAAACUAUCACGCAUCUCUGCCGUUCUGAUGGUGAAGUCACAGCGUCUGUACAUGCAGUAACUGUUCUGACUGAUCGUUAAUACAAUUAAACUGUUUUCAGUAAACUA